AUGGAGCCUGGAAUACAACGCCAUCCGCCAUCUUAUUGGGAUUCUUUGUUCCUGCAAGGAAGAAUCUGGAAUCGAGGCUUCAUUCCUUUGUUCCUGAAAAAAGUGGUGGAUCAUUAUUUCGGAAAUUUAUCCGAACAAUCGGCUGAGAAUCCGGCUCCGGAGAAUAAUUUCGACGGUAAAUUCAAUAAUUCCGUCGGCAAGGGUCGUACGGCUGUAUCGGUACUUCUUGGAAACGUGGAGGUAAUGGCCCACCGAAGUCACCUUAGAAUGUACCACAGCAAAUACCCGGAGACUAGACCAAACAUCGUAAUGCAGCCGGGUGCACAGUACAAGAAUGCCGAUGUUUCGGACAUGAACGUUGAAGAACGUGCAGCUGGAAGCGGCUCAGAGGACAUCCAGUGGGAAAUCUCACGGGAUGAUCUGGCAAAGGUCAGAGGCUCGAGAAAGAGGAAUGCUUCUACGGCGGAAUUGCCGGGAAGUUUACGGCGCUCAAAGCGGACAAAUCGCCCAUUUGAAGAACAGAAUUAUUAUUAUUAUACUAAAAGAAAUUGUCAGAAAUCCUUUAGUGGUGAUCAAAAUGGCUGACAUAUCGAAUUGUAAAAUUAAAAUAUUAGUUCAUAUGAAUUAUACUGAAUUGUAAGAAUAGGUUGAUA